UGAGUCCGACUUUGGAGAGUAGCGCAUCACUCGGUAACAGUCGCAACGUUUGGAAUUCAGUUGUUUACUCCGAAUUGGCUCCACUCGACUAUCCUGCCUUGCUUUGUUAGCUCAGUGACAACAAUGUUUGCAUUGCGCUAGCGCCAUGGAGCGUGAAGCUUUGCCAUUGAUGCGAGAGUUGGGCCUGACGCAGGAGGACCUUGUUUUCUUGGGAGAUGUACAGGUCAGGCAGCAGGAUGAACUCGGUCGUGGGUCAGAUGCACUCGUGUACCGUGUGAAUUGGCAGGGGAUAGAUGUAGCCUUGAAAGUCCUGCAUCCCAUUUUGAUUGAGCCUGGUGUUCAGGACAGAGAAGAAAAACUCCGGUCCUUUGGUCAAGAGGUCUUCCGUCUCAGUCGCGUGCACCAUCCUAAUCUUUGUCAAUUGCUGGGCAUUGCACGAGUUGGGCGUAACGCUGCUCUAGCGUUGGAGUUGCUCACUUCGACGUUGGAAGAGCUGAGUGUUGGUGAGGACCGUGACGAUGGCUUGAAGCUGGUCGGCUACCUCUGUGAUACGUCGGCUGGUAUAAGAUACCUGCACGUUCGUGGUAUUCUCCACAGAGACCUCGCACCGAAAAACGUGAUGAUCAAGAACGGCGUCGCAAAGGUGUGCGAUUUCGGUGUUGCGAAGUUCGUACAUUUGCUGGUUUCCCCUCGGCAACAACAGCAGCACGCGCAAGCGUCUAGAAUGGCCAUGACUCGCUGUCCGGGCACCCUGCUAUUUAUGCCGCCAGAGGCUUUGGUAGAGCAACCGGAGUAUGAUCGUCCUCUGGAUGUGUUUUCGCUGGGCGUUACACUGCUAGCUGUUUUGACUGGAGUUAUGCCGGGGAUUGACCUCCUCAGCGCACCCUCAGUCGUCGUUCGGGAGGUCAAUGGACGGGAGACGAGGCAGGUGAUCGCAGAGACCAGACGACGUGCUGAGUAUCUGCACCGACUGCCGGACGAGCACCCAUUGAAGGCGCUCAUUCUUCGCUGCCACUCCAAUGAGCCCAGCGAGCGACCGACUGCAGAGGAAGUACACGAGGAAAUGAAGCGAGUGUUACAGCUAUUCACCGGUCUUUCCACGCCUCAUCUUUCCAAUGUACCACCGGCUGUUGUACGUCGACUGGACUCUAUCUCUGAACAGCUAACCCAGCAAGCGACAUCCAUCACUGCACUGUCAACACGCAGUGAUACACUAGAGGAACAGCUUGCGGCGGCCAUUGCCAAUAACCAGACGACAACACAACAGCAACUGACUGCAACACAGCAACAACUGACUGCAGCACAUGACCACGCAUCCAUCUUUCAAGAUGAACAGAGAACUGCAACUCUGCGACUGACUGAACAUCUGGCUACCAUUGCUCAAAACCAAGCCACGACACAACAACAACUCACUGCUACUCAACAACAAGUGUCCACUGUUCAAAAUGAACAAACUGCCACAAACCGUAGAGUCGAAGCACUGGCCAACCAGCUCAGUGAUACACACCAACGACUUGAACAACAACUGACAACAACACUAACUCACCAGAACACACAGAGCUCCCAACAACGAUCUUCAUUGAAUGCGGAUCACGUUGUGAUUUCACCGAGAACGCCUGCAACAAGCACCCAGCAGACAUCUACUCCCGCAUCUAUCACUUCACGAGAAAGCCUGUCAAGUUCUGCUUCUGCCACUGCUGCUGGCUCUGCUACAUCAGCAACAGCCGAAGCCACUGCAGCUGAAAGGACGGAUGCCUCGAGCGCUGGAAGAGCAACGUGCCAUGUCCUGCCUGCCAUGCCAACACCAAGUCAGAUUGCAAGCAUCAAGAAACACAGACAGUGGAACAAGUUAGCAGUGCGGCAGGAAGGCACUUUUGUAGAACUGGCCGUGUACAGUAACAAACUGGUCGCGGUGUGGCACAAGCGUCAACGAGUCACCAGGAUCAAGCAGACGUCAGACCUACACACAUGGCACAGCAUUGACCUCUCACGCAAAUUCGGUCAGGUUUCGCAACCAUCACUGGCCAGCCAUGCUGGUAAGCUGUACAUGUUCUGCAGGGUUGUUGGCGAGUAUGCUAUUCUACAGUAUAGUGAGACAGAGCAGCGCGGAGCUCGUUGCCAGUGGAGGAAAAUCGCGAACGUCCCAUUCGACAGCCACGUUGGUUGUGUAAUGCACGUGAGUGAUAGUGCUAUUUCUCUAUUUGGUGGCAACAGUCGUUCUGAAUCUUCUUAUGAUGAUUACAGGAAUCAUGCUAGUACCUACUGUCUUUCUAGAAAGCAAUGGGAAUCUACUCGGAUUUAUCCAUCUUCUUUAGAUUUUCUACCACAACCAUGCUGCGAUGCAUCGCUUGUGAAGCUCGCCAAUUCCGUGUACAUUAUAGGUGGCAGUGACAUGUGCUGUCUCAAGGCCCUUGGUGGAAAGUGGAUUGCGUCCACCCCGCCAGAUAAUGUUAUGCUAGUGGACUCUGCCGCAUGCACGCUGUCUGAUCAUAGCAUGGUCGUCUGUCACAAGGAUAAUUUCGGCAUUUAUUAUACUUCUCAUAUGUGUAGUGUACAUGAUACCCUCACGGAUCAGGUCUAUUCUCUGCCUGAUCCUCCCCGGAGUACCAGCACCCCAUCGCUCACACUGUUUGGCAGUGCCCUGGUACUGGGUGUGAAUGGCGUGACUGAUGAUUCUGUUGCUCUCUACUCUCUGAACAUGAGUGUUUGAGUGUACGUUUUAAAAUAGAUAGAGAGUCAGUCACUGAGUACCAUGCGGUGCUGGUCUUUCUUACUAUUCGUUAUCCAUUUCAAUAUCAAUUUUCAAUUUUUCAUGUAUCAAUAUUCAUCAAAUUCGUCAGCGAAAGUAACUCUUACCUAAGUCAAUGGUGGUAUAUUUGAUGUUGAUCAGCGGUUGAACCAAUUUUGAUACCCCUCCCCCCCCCCCCCCCCACCCAUUCGCCCUGGAUGUUUUCUUCUUGAGUGUGUUUUCUGUGAUGCUCUUUCUGAGCACCAGUUCCUGUAGAAUAACAGUUAUUAGGUCAGCUGAUCUUCAAAGACAUAAAUAAUUAUUGAUUGUUCUAGGUCAGCUGAUCUUCAGAGAGAUAAAUAAUUAUUGACAUAAAUAAUUAUUAUUGAUUUUUCUGCCUACAGCUGUAAGUUAUUUUAAAAGGCGUUCAUGCAGUCACGGUGAGAUUUUUAGAAUGUGAGAACAAAAUGAGAAGAA